AUGCAACGCUCUUCUCUCCAGUUGGCUAAACGUGCCAUUAAACCGGCCUGUGAUGUUUUCAUUAACCAUAGAGGGAUUGACACAAAGCGAACUUUAGCCACUUUGCUCUAUGAUCAUCUCUCCCGGCACAACCUAAGUCCUUUCUUGGACAACAAGAACAUGAAGCCGGGGGACAAACUGUUCGAAAAGAUCGACAGUGCAAUUCGUAGCUGCAAGAUAGGCGUGGCUGUUUUUUCGCCUAACUACUGUAAGUCGUAUUUUUGUCUUCAUGAACUGGCUCUUUUCAUGGAGUCAAAGAAGAAGGUCAUUCCAAUCUUUUGCGACGUUAAGCCAUCUCAACUUUGCGUUCCAAUUAAUGGAGUAUGUGCGGAGCAGGAUCAGCUUCGGAGGUUUAGCUUGGCUGUCGAAGAGGCCAAGCAAACCGUUGGCAUUAGUUUCGAUUCCCUCAAGGGGAACUUUGCAGAUGUUGUAAGAAGUGCUUCUGAAACUGUGAUCAAGACCUUGAUAGAGCUUGAGAAUGAAGAGCAGAUGAAGCUUCGGAAAUGA